AUCCUGAAAUAAGAAGAAAACCCCAUUUCAUUUACUAAAUUGCCUCACUACUUUUUCAGAUUUUAUGAUUAUAAAUGGCAUCUGCCAUGGCCAAAGCAGCGAAAACGCAGAGAAAGCUUACCAGACAGACCCAAGAAAACCAGAAACCGAAGCAGCAGAAGGCAGAGAGGCCGCCGUCUUGGGCAGUUGUUAGAGGCAUAUUCAGCUGCAAGUACCUGCAGCCCCAACAGCAACCAGAAAAACAACAACAACAUCAAUUGCCACGAAAAGAGAAGCAACAGGAGCAAGCGACAGAAGAGAGUACCAAAAACUGUAAGAAAAUGAGGUGUUCGGGUUCGCUCUGUAGCAACACCAAGGUAACUCACAGGCUUGAAGCAGCACCAUCGCCGGAAGUUCACAAGAAAAGGGCAUUAACUUCAGUGGGUUCCAGAAACAACGAUUCCUCAAGUUCAUGUAGAUCCACAAAAGCUCCUCCUUUGAACGAACAAAAUGGUGUCUUAUCAGCCACAUGUUCAUCGUUAUCCGCAUCAUCUUCUUCCAAUUCCUCCAAUGGUGCUUCUUUCAGGGGAAUGCCUUUCAGGAGGUUCUAUGGCUGUUAUGAAUGUAAAAUGGUGAUUGACCCUGUUCUUGGGAUGACCAGAGAUCCUUCUCUUAGAGCAACCAUUUGCCCCUGUCCCGAAUGUGGUGAGAUUUUCAUGAAAGCUGAAACUUUGGAGCUUCACCAGAGUGUUAGACAUGCAGUAUCUGAACUUGGUCCUGAAGACACGAGCAAGAACAUAGUGGAAAUCAUAUUCCAGUCAAGCUGGCUGAAAAAGCAAACCCCAAUUUGCAAAAUUGAGAGGAUUCUCAAAGUCCAGAACACUCCAAAGACCAUCUCGAAAUUCGAGGAAUACAGAGACUCCAUUAAAGCCAAAGCCACCAAGCUUCCAAAGAAGCACCCACGUUGCAUAGCAGAUGGUAAUGAACUCCUCAGGUUCCACUGCACCACCUUGGCCUGCUCACUUGGCCUAAAUGGCUCCUCCAACCUCUGCAAUUCAAUUCCACAAUGCAAUGUCUGUAGUAUAAUCAAGAAUGGGUUCAAGGUGGCCGGAGAGGCCGCCGAAAAGGGCAUUCUAACGACGGCAACAAGCGGAAAGGCUCACGACAGUGCCGGAAUAUCAUCGGACAGCAAUGACAAACGGGCGAUGCUGGUUUGCCGGGUAAUAGCUGGCAGGGUGAAGAAGAGUUUGGAAGGUAGCAUGGAGGAUUAUGACUCAUUGGCUGGAGCAGCAGGGAUGUAUUCCAAUUUGGAUGAGUUAUAUGUGUUCAGUCCCAAGGCAAUAUUGCCUUGUUUUGUUGUCAUUUACGGAGGGUUUUAACUUAUAGCUGCCAUUAACGGCUUUUUGGUGGGCAAGAGUUGUCUGGAUUGCCUUUGGAAAGAUGUUGAAUUUAAUGGUAUUGUAUUGUGUUUUUGUAAUUGGCAUUUGGCGGUAUGUUGGGUGGGGGUAUUGAAUGUGUCUUGGAGAUGGAGAUAUCAUCCACACAACCCUAUGGAGGCAUUAAUUGCA